AUGAAUCAAAAGUUACGAAUUUUUUCGCGGUUUAACUUUCUAAAAUUUACGACAGUAUCUUCACCAUAUCAUGGCAUCAUACAAUCAAUUCAAUUCAAACCGAUAAACAUAAAUCUUCCAUAUUCAUCUCAUUUGAAUAUUCAUCGUUUAUUCUCAACUCCAGUUACUACACCAUUAACAGUUACCUCGGAAAAAAACCCAAACCAAACGACAAAAAUCAAAAUUCGACCACUUCCUGAGAUAUCAUCAAAGACACCACGUUAUAUCGCUUAUGGCAUAAUCGGAAUUUCAAUCUGGGCUACUGCUAUCGCAUUAUCAUUUAAUCACCAACGUGUAAAUAGUAGUUCAGUUAAGGAAAGUCUAUUUAAUGUAAAACAUCAUCCAAAAGCCAUUCAACAUUUGGGAAGAAAUAUUAACUUUACAGCACCUCAAUGGUGGCCUUUUCCUUCACAACGGAAAUUUCCAUGGAUUUCAGGGAAUAUUAAUCAAUUGAAAGGAGUUGUAGAUUUUAAAUAUUGGGAAAAGGCAUUGUGA